AUGGAGUUUGCCCAGGAGGCGAUGGCUAAGCAUGCGCCCAUCGAUGGGAUGCUGCUGGGCUUCAGCCAGGGCAGCAACCUCUGCCACCCUUUGGCGGCUUCAGGCACUUUAGGCCAGGGACAUCCGCUGCACUGCGUGGUGCACCUCUGCAGUAACAAGCCUGGUUGGGUGGGGCAGACGCCGGAGCUCUUCGAGUACCAGCUGCCCUUGCCAGCUCUCAUCGUCGAGGGCAAGGUGGACGAAGUCGCGAAAGGCAGCGAUGAGGCCAUCCGAGUUGCGCCAGACUGA